AGCAUUUGCACUUAUGGGUGCCAGUGUCACAGGGCUCUUGAGUUGUCUACAGUUGCAUCCGCUGAUGAAGCUGAACAUGGCUUGGAGUCUCUAAACUGCCCUUGGCCUCAUGAUGGCAUUCUCAGCUCUUACGACCAUACCUCGAUCCGUCGUGGUCACCAGGUUUAUCAGCAAGUCUGUGCAUCUUGCCACUCCAUGUCUCUAAUAUCUUACCGGUAUUUGGUUGGUGUUACCUACACAGAGGAAGAGGCAAAUGCAAUGGCUGCUGAGAUUGAGGUUGUUGAUGGACCAAAUAAUGAGGGCGAGAUGUUCAGCCGACCUGGUAAACUCAGUGACCGCCUUCCUCAAUCAUACUCAAAUGAGUUAGCUGCAAGGUUUGCCAAUGGAGGAGCCUAUCCAUCUAACUUAAGUCUUAUAACUAAGGCACGUCACAAUGGCCAAAAGUACGUCUUUGCUCUUUUGACUGGUUACCGUGAUCCUUCUGCUGGAAUUUCACUAAGAGAUGGGUUACACUAUAAUCCUUAUUUCCUAGGUGGAGCAAUCGCUAUGCCAAAGAUGCUCAAUGAUGAAGCUGUUGAGAAUGAAGAUGGAACACCUGCAACAGAGGCACAAAUGGGUGAGGAUGUUGUAUCAUUCUUGUCCUGGACAGCUGAACCAGAAAUUGUAAGAGAGGAAACUGAAAAAGUAUUACAAUGGCUGAGUUCUAUGACUAUGGUGCGUGUGCAGAUGGGUUUCAAGUGGAUCUUCUUACUGUCAUUGGCUUUGCUUCAAGCUGCGUAUUACAGAAGAUUGAAAUGGCCAGUUCUCAAAUCCCGGAAGAUGGUUCUCGACGUUGUGAAUUAA